UUGUCCAAGAACCGGAUUAGUCAAUGCGGGACACCACUGGAUCACAGUUGGGCAGUCUAUUCUCGACAGCGUUUUCUCGGCGCCGAGCGAUGUUAUUGUAUGGUUAUGUACUAUGUAGAAUAGGCAUGCGACACACGUGAUCGCAAUCUGACGUUAGAAUUAACGAUAAUUAUAUAAACUGACAGCCGCGAUUGGAAUACAUCUCGAAUUACACAUUCUGAAUUAACGUCGUCAAUUGCAAUGCUGUCACUGACGAUGCUCCAACGAGCUCUGUCCGGUAAAACGGCUCCCUGCCUGAGUCGUUUGUUGUCCCCGAGACAGGUAAACAAAUUCUCCGACACGGCUGCCACGAAAAACGAGAGUAGCGGUGAGUUGAAUACCGGCGAGUCGCGGGACAAACCUGUCGCGAGCGACGUCGAAAUUCCCUCGGGCGAGGAGAAUGUUUCUCGCCUCCUGAAGGAGGCUGCCACUUACAGCGAUGCCCAGGAUACAAGCUGGGCAACGACCCCCUACCCGGCCGAUGCCCCGACCUCCGUCGAGGAGGAAGUCGCCAAGCCGAAGGUCGAUCCGUUGGACACCUGCGUCGUGCUCUUUCCAGGACAGGGUACCAUCAAAGUCGGCACGGUGCAGAAGUACUUGCGUUUUCCACAGGCGAGAGAAUUGUUCGAGAUAGCCAACGAGAUUCUGGACUACAAUCUGCUGAAGCUCUGCCUGAAUGGUCCGCAGGAGAAGCUGGAUCAGACCCGCUUCAAUCAGCCGGCCACGGUGGUGAGUUCGCUGGCUGCGCUGGAGCGACUGCGCGAGGAAAGGCCCAGGGUAUUCGAAACGUGUAAAGCAGCUGCGGGCUAUAGCGUGGGGGAACUGACUGCCCUGAUCUUCUCAGGCGCUUUACCCUUCGAGGAUGGCAUCAGAUUGGUCUCCGUGAGAGGCGCCGCGAUGCAGUACGCCUCUGAAAAGUGUCCUCAGGGAAUGCUGUCGGUCCACUGUACUCCACAGGCUGCAAUAACGGAGGCGUGCAAGGAUGCUCAGAAGUGGGCGCAAGAUUGCGGCGUAGAGGUGCCAGUUUGUCAGGUGGCAGUAUAUUUGUACACUCAAUCGAAGAUCCUGGCUGGGAAUACUCAGGCUCUCGAGUACAUAGAAAAGAACGCAAAGAAAUACGGAUUUUCCAAGUUGACCAGGCUGCCGGUGUCGGGCGCAUUCCACACAAAAUUGAUGGAACCGGCACUCAAGUCCUUCGGCAAGAUGCUCCAUACGUUAGAAUUCAAUGAUUUUAGGUGUCAAGUCUAUUCCAAUUGCAAGGGGCACGUCUAUGGCAAUCCGUCGUUAAUUAAGAGAUAUUUGGUGAAGCAAAUCGUGACGCCUGUCAAGUGGGAGCAGAGCAUGCAGCUGCUGUACAACAGACCACCGGGAACCGACUUUCCGCGAACCUUCGACGUAGGAUCGGGAGGAAGAAUGUCAACGAUUUUAAAGUUAAUUAAUGCAAAGGCCCAUGAAAACUGUAUAGCCGUCUAGUCUCUUUUAUAUUUCUCGACAGCGCUAAAAGGAAGUCUGAGAAUACAUUUGACAAUGUUAUUUUGUAUAUACUUGUUGAUUAACUUUAUUCCUAUUGACUUGGGACUUGUGAAAAUAAAGAGGAUCAAAAUUAUAUUAAAUACGAAAAAUA